AUGGCUCUCAUACGUCUCGAACCACAUCUUUUUACUUCCCUCCCUGCCCAUCCUUCUCUGCCGGAAAGUGACUCCCGCCCACAGCUUCAGCCGUUCCUGCAGGAAGCUCUCUGCCAAGCCAUCUACUUUCUCAACAAGGUUCCUUCGAGAUUCAAGAGCUCUAAACAGCACUCCUCGGCACCAUCUGAAGCCAAAGUUCGUCUGGGAAGUUGGCGAAAUGAUUCAGAUGCCAAAACCUCAAAUAAAAUUCUCAAGCCUGAAUUCUGGGUGUGUCGACGGAGUGAACAUGUGGAUGCCACUGCCCCAGGAACCGCGUCGUGGGAGGAAUUUGAGACUGGACUAAGAUCUAAUCACGCGGAGCACGAGAUGGACUACACACCGACUGUGUCAGGCGUGGAAAAACUACUGGAAUGGCCGAGAAGUGAGGCUCUAGAGGUCGAAGAAUCUGCAAGUAUUAAGUACAUUUUCAAGGAUGUGGAUGUUGAGGUCAACCUUAUCACCCACUCGUUCAAGCCAGAUGCUUUGAUUGCUCCUCGCAGCUUCAUCUCACUCACCAUCUCUGCUAUGUAUGAUCACAUGGAAGAAAUCACUAUGCAAGGCAACCACAAUAAUCAAAACAUGACAGGAUUCAUCACAGUUCAAAUCCCGCUUAAGUCUACGCCAACAUCUACUCCGUCUGACCUGCACCAGAGAAUUAUCUCUGCCGUACCGAAACAGGCCAUAUUUGCCAACUACGCCAGCGUGGAACGAGUUAGUCUUCUGCCACCUCUCCCGUCACCUACCGAUAUCAAUCCUGAUCGCAUCCAUUGGACCAUGGCAACGACUUCAGAUGCAGGUGGCUUAAUUCCAAAGUGGGUUCAACGAAGUUGGAUAUUGGGUGGUGUGCCGCGUGCUGUUGUUGAUGAUGUAGGAUUGUUCAUCGGAUGGACGAUGCGUCGACGGUCUACUUGA